AUGUUGAAGAUUGAGAUUCAGAGAGUACAACAACAAUGGAUAGCAGAAGCAAUCAACGAAGGAAUUAGCAUGUGGAACCCAAAAUUUAAUGUCGAGGAUGAUGGAGAUAGAAUUAGCAAUCUACCAGAAAGUGUUCUGUGCCACAUACUAUCCCUUCUUCAAGCCAAGGAUGCCGUACGAACCUGUGUUCUAAGCAAAGCUUGGGAAUACAAGUGGAUAAUUUGCCUAUACAAUCUCAAGUUUGAUGAUAGUUUAAGCUAUACAAAUCAGCAAACUAAAAAGAAACUUUUCGCAAAUUUUGUUGAUAGAACUCUAGCACAUUGCACAAUGUCUAUGGCAAAAGAAUUUGAGCUAUUAUGCAAAUUAUCUUCCUACGAUCCAUCUCGUGUGAAAUUAUGGAUCUCAGCUUUGUUAUUGCAUAAUAAUUUUGAGAGGCUUCAUGUUUCAUAUCGAGAACAUGGCAUGCGAAAGUUGGAACUUCCGUGCUAUUUUCACACUUGUGAUUCUUUAACAGAAGUGAGAUUAUGCCGUUUCAAUCUCAAAUUUCCUCCCAUUGUUUGUUUGCCAAAGCUCAGAAUCUUGCAUCUUCGUAAAAUUGGAUUUCUUAAUCGCAAUCUUUCAUCUUCUUUGAGCCAGUUAGUGUUGUCCUUCCCAGUUCUUGAAUCUUUUCACUUGGAAGAUUAUAAAGGGCUGGAUAAAGUAAAGACAUUGAAGAUAGAUGCUCAUUUGCUUGCCAACUUCCUGAUGUUAUCUAACCAUUGCAGCACACAAAUUAGAACAAAUGGUGUAGCCAAGUUGAAAAAGUUUAAAUGUAGUGGUCUUCUAUUUCACAAGUUUGUUUGGUCAAGUGCAUCACCAUCAGGGGCAGUUAAUAUCUCUAUCAAGCAUACAACUCAAGACAACAUUCUUGUGUUGAGGAAAUUCAUUACUUUUCCAACCUUCAGAUUGUUGCAAAAGCUUUCUGCUUCCGUUACAAUUCUGGAACUCCCAGCCCAUGUAGUUGAGGUCAAUGAACAAACAUCCUUAUUUUAUUCUUGCUGGUAA